GCACCGCCGCCGCCGCCCCCGGGCGCGCUGGACGCCCUGUCGCUCAGUAGCAGCCUGGACAGCGGGCUCCGAACCCCCCAGUGCCGAAUCUGCUUCCAGGGCCCGGAGCAGGGGGAGCUCCUGAGCCCCUGCCGCUGCGACGGCUCAGUGCGCUGCACACACCAGCCCUGCCUCAUCCGCUGGAUCAGUGAGAGGGGCUCCUGGAGCUGUGAGCUCUGCUACUUCAAGUACCAGGUCCUGGCGAUCAGCACCAAGAACCCACUGCAGUGGCAGGCCAUCUCCCUGACGGUCAUCGAGAAGGUCCAGAUUGCAGCCAUAGUUCUGGGCUCUCUCUUCCUCGUUGCCAGCAUCUCCUGGCUCAUCUGGUCCUCACUCAGCCCUUCAGCCAAGUGGCAGCGGCAGGAUCUGCUCUUUCAGAUCUGCUACGGCAUGUAUGGCUUCAUGGAUGUCGUCUGCAUAGGCCUCAUCGUCCAUGAAGGCUCCUCUGUCUACCGCAUCUUCAAGCGCUGGCAGGCAGUGAACCAGCAAUGGAAGGUCCUGAAUUAUGACAAGACCAAGGACAUAGGAGGAGAUGCAGGGGGAGGGACGGCAGGGAAGCCGGGCCCCAGGACCUCACGGACGGGCCCCCCCUCUGGGGCCACCAGCCGCCCCCCAGCUGCCCAGCGCAUGCGGACGCUCUUGCCUCAGCGCUGUGGUUACACAAUCCUGCACCUCCUUGGACAGCUGCGGCCACCAGAUGCCCGUUCCAGUUCCCAUUCUGGCCGAGAGGUUGUCAUGAGGGUCACCACGGUCUGAAACUGAACUCCAGGAGCAGGGAUCUUGAGUCGAUGCAUCGGCCAGAGAUAAGCUGUCAUGGCUGCUGGAGGUACCACCUGGACAAGGUGUUUGGGGCACACUGCCCCCACCACUGAGGAUCUCUGUGGGCAGCCUCAAGCUGGAGACAUUGUCUGGCCUCUACUACCCACUGAGUAGAGACACCUGGAUGACAUUCCAGCCCCCACCGAUAGCUCCUCACACUCAUCCUGGGGCAACCAGUGGGCAGGUGGGGAGAACAUCUUUUCUUCCCUAGAGAACCGUCCUUACCUCAGCUCCUAGGGCCUCCAGCCCCCCAGCUACACCAUGGUGACUUGGUGAAGGGGGACCAAUGCCAGAAGAAAGGGGUUGUAGACCCCCCAUUCCCCACCCCAUGGCCACAGGGCAGCUGGCAAUAAGACUAGUAUACAUUGACCUCCCGUUCCCUGCAUGAGGGCGGGGGGGACCUCCCCCUGCUCCACCCCCCCAUUGCAUGGGGGGAGGGCAUAAAGAAUCAUUUAUAUGCAUUUAUAUGCACGUGGAGACUCCUUUCUCAUCUGGGGUUUUUCAGGAGGGUUGGGAGGUGUGGGGAGGUUUCUCUGCAGAGGUUGCAAAUCCCAAAUGCAGCAGUGGGUUCUGAGUUGGGGGUGUAACUCCCGCUUGCUGGCGAAUAAUUCACAGUGGCUGCUAGGUGGCAGUGCUCAGAGGUAUCUAAGGGGUGGACCUGCCACCUGCAAGUUGUAUGAUUUAGAAAAAAAAAAAUCUCCGCCAUGGUUUUCCUGUCUACCUCAUAGGGUUGGAGUGAGGAUAAAUGAGGGACAGGUUGAAUGCCAUUGCAAAGAAAAUUAGUGAUGGCGUAAAAAGAUUUCUAGACUAGUUGAUGGUCCAUUUAUUUCAAAUAGUAGCUGGUUAACAAAUUCCAGAAUGUGUUUUUUCAUCUGGAGUUCCACAGAGCCUUGGAAAUUUGUGUUGAGUGUCAUAAUAGAAAUGGAAACAUGAGGGGAAAUAGAUAUUGCAAAUGUGAAGGAUGGUGGCUAUUUGCAAAAAUGAGAGCUCCCCUAACCCCCUAAACGCUGGGGGCUGGGGAAGGAUGGAGUUAUCCUUCUUGCUCUGGGGAGCUUGUGGGUUCUAUUAGUCCUUCCCAGAUAAUGUACUCACCCAGGGAAGUGGUGUGAAAUUAAUUUGGACUCAUUUGCAGUGAGACAGACAGAAGGUCCCAAUGUUAUGAAUCUCCAACCCCAGCUUAAGCUAUUCCUAUGGCAGUUCAGGGUCACAGGUCUGACCCUGUGCCCUAGCCAGUGGUAGUAACUGGAAGGUAUUGUGUCUGGAGGCAGCAGUGUAGAGUGCUGUUGUUUAUAGAGAAAGGGUUUGGGAAGGACUGGUUAAAAUGUGGGUCAGCCUGAGGUCUGCUCCCUUUCUUCUGAGGCCUUGGGGCUGUGUAUUAUAUGAAUGAUGGUGUCUUUUAAAUGAACUAUUCAUCAGCAAUUAAAAUAAUUACUUCAUA